AUGACCGAUUCGAGAGCGGGACCAUCGGCAGCGGGGGUUUUCGAGACCCCUGCUGCCCGUACCAGGGUGCGCAGAUCGACCAAGCAGGUCAGCGCAAAGAAAUUCGACAAGAUGCUGAAGAAUCUCAGCUCUGUCAAGAAGGGUAGCGAGCGCUUCCCGCAUCUGAGGAGCGGCUCCAUCGACUCCGUUCCUGGCCCGGGCGCUGCGACGAGUAGCCCGCCUGUUGGCGUGCACGGACAGGUCGAUGCUCGCGAAGAGCAGAACGCAGCGCCCUACACGAUCGGCGAGGAAGGCGAAGGCGGCUCGAGAUGGACAGGUGGACUCGGAGACAAUCAUCUGAAGACGGAGUACUGGCUCAAGACCAUCAAGCGAAACGAUUGGAGUGAAGGUCUGAGCAAGGGUCCAGGGCUCGGGCCUGAUGGGCCGACGAUGGCAAAGGUGGCUAGGCGACAGCUGAAGGGUCGCGACAAAGUCGGGCAAGACUCCUUCGCGCACGAAGCUUCAACCAUUUUCAACCCUCUUACCAGACGCGUUCCGGCUGCCACACCCCACAAAAUCAGAGGUGCAGCUCCAAGGAAACCCAAAAUGACUGCUAGGCGGGAUGACGACGCUUCGGCAGGGGAUUUGACUGAGGUCGGCGCGCAGACACGAGAUGAAGAUGGAACGCCAAUUGGCCUUGCAGAUAGGGAAACCCAGGAGGCCCUCAUAUUGCAUGAUUUGCUGAACGUGCUAGCAGGCCUGGAAGGGCAGUACAUCACGUACGAGGACCGGUACAAGCCUGACAGCCCCGCUUCUCAACUUCGCGGUGCCACCUGGUCUGUCGACCCCGCGUUGGAUCCAUCGCUGAGAGACUCCGUCGACAGGAUACUGCCGCUUGCCACGUACUACACAUCUGUCUUUGCCUUUAUUGACGCCAAAGGAACCUUGGAGGCUGGCACUGUCAUGCACGCUUUGUGCUCAGCGAUCCGUGAGCUUCUCAAGGAUUAUCAAACACUCCUGGUGCAGCUCGAGCACCAGCUACGCAUCUCCAGGGACCUUACUUUGCAGCGUCUCUUCUACUAUAUCACUCCGACAUUGCGCACAUUGCAGCUCGUGCACGGAUUGACGAGCGCGAUCAGAGAUAUCACCCACGCAGCUCUGAUGAGCGAGGACAGCGAGGAGGAAACCGACGAAGACGACGACGAUGAACCGAGCGAUGAUGACGAUGGGAGUCUUGAGCGCAACAGGCGGGAGGCGCUUGGCUUGGACGAUGACGACGGAGCGGAAGACGCUUUGGAGACUGUCCCAGGUGGUCCAGUGAAAGGAGGCGAAAUUCUAGCGAUGGUGUGGGAGAGGGAUACCACGGCCCACAAGCUCUUCAUGACGCUCUUUCAAAGGGCUUCCGAGCCGUAUGGUCGCAUCAUGCUGCGAUGGAUCACUACUGGCGAAUUAUCGGACACCUAUGACGAGUUCAUGAUCGCCGAGGAUGCGCAUGUGAACGUGGCGAGCCUGGAAUCGGACCCAACCGACGAGUACUGGGAUCGCAAAUACACCUUGCGUGAUGACUUGGUCCGCGAGCAAAGGGAGCAGCGCGAGCAAAGAGGCAUAGACUUGGCGCACGAAGACGAAGAGCUUGGAGCUAGGGGCUUUCUCACCGGCGGGGCUAGGAUACCUUCGUUCCUGAUGCCUUGGCGAGAGAAAAUUUUGCUUGCCGGAAAGUAUCUCAACGUGAUCCGAGAGUGCGGAAAGGACGUUCGCAAUACCGGGAAGAGAGGAGGUGCCGGUGCAAUCGAGGACAGGCGAGCAGAAAGCGGCCUUGACAAUGUCGAUGUCUCGCCAGAGGUUGACGGCGACUUGAUGAGCGACCAAGGGAUCCAAGAGGCGUACGAGCGCGCCAACAAAGCGCUAUUGCGACUACUCCUUGUUGAUCACAGCAUUGUGCCUCGGAUGCACUCUAUGCGCCACUACUUUCUUAUGUCUUCGUCGGACUUUUUCUCGUCAUUUGUAGAAGCGGCUGGCAAGGAGCUCAGGCAGAAAAUCAAUCCUACACAUAUUCGCGACACUACUGGGAACCGCCUGCAAAGUCAUUUGGGCCUUGUGCUCGGCAGCUCUUCCACCGUUGGCUUCACGGACCCGUACCGCGAGGAUGUCAAAAUUGAGCUGGCGACGGAGAAUGCUUACGAUCAGCUCAAACGCAUUGCGGAGACCAAAGGUGGCGUCGAGGCUGCUCGCGAGCAACUGGCUCGAAGAGCAAAAGAUCGCAACCACGACACAAUAGCGAUACUCGAGCUGCUUCAGUUCAGCUUCUCGGUGCAAUUCCCAGCUUCUCUCGUCAUCUCCAAGAAGGCCAUUCUGCGCUGGCAGUUUCUGCAGCGACCGCUGAUCCACCUGAAGACGCUCGAAGGGAGUUUGUCGGCAUUGUGGCUUGUGCACUCGGGCACAAUAUGGAGAGAGAAGCUUGCAUCUUUCCCAGCCUUGGAGCAAUGGAAGAAGUGCGUGUUCCGACUGCGACACAGGAUGCUCUACUUGAUACAAUCGAUGAUCGCUUUCAUCACUGCGGAAGUGCUUGAACCAAAUUGGAAGAAUCUCGAGGAGAAGUUGGAGAACGCAAAGACUGUGGAUGGUCUGAUGCAUGAUCACUUCAACUUCCUCAAUGUCUGCAGGAAAGAGUGCAUGCUUACUGACACUCGACUCGUAGACGCCCUACAGAAGUUGACUUCGACGAUUGGACUCUUCAUCGACAGGCAUAACCAGCUAGUCGACCAGCUCACAAUCGAAAGGUCACACUACCUCGCUGCUGCGCAAGCUGGUGAAGAGAGCGGCGUGACCCUGACGCAAGAUUUGAUGCCCUUCUUGCACAAGUACGAGAAGAGUUGGGAAUCGCGAUUGAGGAACUUCAAAGAUGUCGUCAGCUUGCUGGCAAGCACAGAGAACCCCGCUGCGCAACCUUUGAUGCAAAGGCUCAUCAACGCCUGA